AUGAUAAGAGGCAACUGGAGUUUAGCAGCAGAGGUCAGACGAAACGAACUGAAACAACAGCAGAAGGUACAGCAGCGGCAGAAACAGCAGCACAAACACGAAAAGCUCCAAAAUGUCGACCCCAUCCGCUUGUACUAUCAGAUCGAACGGUUAGAGAAAGAGGCGACCCUUUCAGCCCACGACACCAAGCGGCUCAAGACGUUGAAAGAAGACUGGGACUUCAUAGAGAAGAACAAGCUCCACGAGGAGAAAGUGGUGGCUUUCAAGGAGAAACUCGAAGCCGAGAGAGUACAGAAGGAAAUCGACAGCAAGAAGCUUUGGGGACGGGCGUCAGUCUACUUCAACCCAGAAUUGAAUCCGCUAGGCAAGGUGCCUAGCCAAGGCGACUUGCCCAAUCUCACAACUCCGUUGAAACGUCACCAGAUCCAAAAGUACGACAAAGACCCCCUCAUAGACAGUUUGGGUGUGGUAAUGCCGGAAGGCGAGCCUCCCAAAUUCUACAAACUAGUGGUGAAUACCGACAGG